AUGACCGCAGCAAUAAGCCAAUCUGACCCAACCUUCUUAGAGAAUUGGACCAAGGAAUUCGAGAAACUAUUUGAGGUUGUUAACUGCCCUGAUGGCAUGAGAGUGGGUCAGGUUGUGCUGUAUCUGAAAGAUGAGGCUGAUCUAUGGUGGAGGGAGAAUGGGGCUAGGCUGAGUGGUGUUGAAGGAUUUAAUUGGGAUGCAUUUGUGAUUACCUUGAGAGGAAAGUUUAACCCUGCCUUUAUGAGGAAGCAAAAAGCCCAAGAGUUCAUUAACCUUAGGAUGGGUAGUAUGACCAUCUUUGAGUACUACGGCAAGUUCAUAGCCCUGUCUAGAUUUGCACAUGAGGUUGUAGCCACUGAGGAGCUUAAGGCCCAGAGGUUUGAGCAAGGUUUAACCGAUGAGAUCCAAUUGGGAUUAGGAGGUGAGACCUUUACGUCCCUAGAUGUUGUGUAUGGGAGAGCAUCUCAUAUUUAUGGUUUACAGACAAGGAGAGAUAAGAAAAAUGGGGUAGUAGGCGAAAAGAGGAAGGAUUUCAAUGCUGGGGGAAACCAAGGGAAUUUCAAGAGAAACCUAAAUGACAAUGGAAAUUUCCAAGGGAGAAACAACCAGGAUAACCGUAGUCAGGGUAGACCUGGUAGAUUUUACCAUUGCAAAAAGUGUAACAAAAAUCAUCCUGGCAGAGACUGUAAGGGAGACCUAGUGGUUUGCCACUACUGCCAAAAGAAGGGUCAUAGGGAGUUCGAGUGCUACGCUAAGCAUGGCAAAGACCAGAAGAGUCAAGGAAAUGGUUAG